UUGAUAAAAUAUUCUAUUGGUGUCACUUGGAUUUGGCUUUAUCUGAAUUGGUGAAAAAUGUUGUCCUUCGAAAUGAACGAUCGAAAGAAGAUUGGGCUAGGAUUGACGGGAUUUGGAGUGUUUUUCUCAUUCCUUGGGAUUGUUUUCUUUUUCGACAAGGGACUAAUUGCCAUGGGAAAUAUACUCUUCAUCUCAGGGGUGGCACUGACCAUUGGUCUCAAGUCAUCAUUGCAGUUUUUUAUGAAACGUAGUAAUUACAAGGGAACCAUUUCAUUUGGUGCUGGAUUUUUCUUUGUUGUCAUUGGUUGGCCUAUACUGGGAAUGAUUCUUGAGGCCUAUGGAUUUGUCGUACUCUUCAGUGGUUUCUGGCCAACCCUGGCAGUUUUCCUGCAAAAGAUACCUAUUAUAGGCUGGAUCUUUCAGCAGCCUUUUGUCAGAUCGGUAUGUGUUUCCCGUCAUUUAUCUUUUUCAUUGCUAUCAGCUUUGUUAUAUUCUGUGCAUUGAAGGAUUUUUUGGAAUUUAUGUUACUAAGAUUAGGAAAGAAGUAAUAUAUGUUGAUUCAUGGUGUAGUAGGUAAUCCUUGGAAUUGACACAGAGAAACCAGGAAGUACUUUUAACUGUCCAAAGUUUUGUCAUAAUACGACUAUGCUACACCAGAAUUAUUAGAAUCCUAAAAGGAACUGAAAUAGGAACGGAAAG